AUGACCGAUCAGCUGGUAGAUCAGCUGCGAAGCACACAACUCAGCGAUGGCAUUCCUGCACAGAAUGAUGAUUGGAAGAAGAACCUGAAAUUGCCUGCCAAGGAUAGCAGACAACAAACAGAGGAUGUUACCAAGACGAAAGGCCUGGAAUUCGAAAACUUUGCGUUGAAGCGAGACCUCCUCAUGGGUAUUUUCGAAGCUGGUUUCGAGAAGCCCUCCCCCAUCCAAGAAGAAGCCAUUCCCGUAGCCUUGACCGGCCGGGACAUUCUGGCCAGAGCGAAGAAUGGUACUGGCAAAACCGCCGCGUUCGUUAUUCCCGCCUUGGAACGCAUCAACCCCAAGGUCUCCAAGAUUCAAUGUCUUAUCCUCGUUCCUACUCGUGAGCUUGCCAUGCAAACGUCACAGGUUUGCAAGACGCUCGGUAAGCAUCUGGGGAUCAACGUCAUGGUCACCACCGGCGGUACCGGUUUGCGUGAUGACAUCCUGCGUCUGCAGGACCCUGUCCAUAUUGUCGUUGGAACUCCCGGGCGUAUACUGGAUCUGGCAGGAAAGAGUGUUGCCGAUCUCAGCGAAUGCCCCAUGUUCAUCAUGGACGAGGCCGACAAGCUUCUGUCCAUUGAGUUCACUCCCGUCAUCGAGCAGCUCCUGCAGUUCCACCCCAAGGACCGCCAGGUGAUGCUCUUCUCCGCCACCUUCCCCCUCUCUGUCAAGGACUUCUCUGAUAAGAACAUGGUCUCCCCUUACGAAAUCAACCUCAUGGACGAACUCACCCUCCGCGGCAUCACUCAGUACUACGCCUUUGUCGAAGAGAAGCAGAAGGUUCACUGCCUGAACACACUCUUCUCCAAGCUUCAGAUUAAUCAGUCCAUCAUCUUUUGCAACUCGACAAACCGUGUUGAGCUACUCGCCAAGAAAAUUACCGAACUGGGCUACUCUUGCUUCUACAGUCAUGCUAGAAUGCAGCAGCAAGCGCGUAACCGCGUCUUCCACGACUUCCGCAACGGCGUUUGCCGAAACCUCGUCUGCUCAGAUCUUCUCACCCGUGGUAUCGAUAUUCAGGCUGUGAAUGUCGUCAUCAACUUUGAUUUUCCCAAGAACGCCGAAACCUACCUCCACCGAAUCGGUCGAUCCGGCCGUUAUGGUCACCUUGGUUUGGCUAUUAACCUGAUCAAUUGGGAUGACCGCUUCAACCUUUACAAUAUCGAGAGAGAUUUGGGUACUGAAAUUCAGCCCAUUCCUCCCAGCAUUGACAAGAGCCUUUACGUUUACGAGAACCCCGAUUCAAUCCCUCGGCCCAUUUCCAACCUUCCCAGAAACAAUCAGCAAUCCCAGCCAGCUCAGCCUCAACAGCCCAUGGCUCAUCAGCCACAGGGCAACUGGCAAAGCCAAAAUGGCCACCAAAACCACCACUAUGGUCGUGGGCGUGGACGAGGACGUGGUUUCCGAGGACGAGGUGCUGCUGGCGGCGGUGGCGGCGGUCGAGGCCGUGGCCAGCCACGUGAAGCUCAAUCAUGA